AAGACUUGGCUCAGCCUGUCUAUUUGCGAACAUCUGUUGUCCUGUACUGUACUAUGGCGUUGGCAGAGCCCUGCGCUGAAGUUCCGAGAGAGAACAUCAUUGAAAUUGAGGUGCGCUGGGUUUGGGCUAGCGGUACAUUUUGGGCACAGGUUCGGUCUAGCUCCCAACAUGAGUUUCUCGUAAUCAGUUGAUCUGUCAUAGGCGUAGGGCAAAUUUGGAACAUGGAAGUCUUGGCACCACCUGUUCAGGUUGUUGGUUUGGAUGGAGAUGGGUUGAUGGUGAGAGUGCCUGACACCAUCACAGGCCGUCAACUCCAUGAAAUUGUGAGCAAAAUGCUUUCCAAAGCUGGUGCACAUGUGUCGUUGCAGAAUGAUUCUGAGGAGCUAUCAAUGAACAAAACUUUGAUGGAACAAGGGCUCUUCUUUGGCUUUGCCGCAAGCUUGUCUUAUGUGUACUUACCUUUGAAGCUACAGAAUGCGUGGAGGCUUCUCCAAGGUUUGCCACUCCAGGAGGAAAACUUUCGAACAUUGGAAGGACUAACACAGCUGUCGAACAUUCACAACAAACAUCAGCUAACAAAGCUGCCGCAGAGCCUCCAGGCACUGACCUUGCACCGUAAUUUCAAUGAACAGCUGGAUGGGGUGGCUCUACCAAGCAGUCUCCACAACCUUACCUUCGGCGAUAGAUUCAACCAGAGUUUAGAGGGGGUGACUCUACCAAGCAGCCUCCAAAGUUUGAGGUUUGGCACAGACUUUUGCUGCAGCUUGGAAGGAGUGACUUUGCCAGCCAGCCUCCGAAGCUUGACUUUUGGCCGCCGUUUUAACCAGAGGUUGGAGCAGGUCAGCUUGCCGAGACACCUCGAAGCCUUGACUUUUGGUUUGUUCUUUGACCAAAGUUUGCAGGGAGUGACCUUGCCCAGCAGCCUCCAGAUCCUGACCUUUGGCCAGUCUUUCAACCAAAGCUUGGAAGGAGUGACUCUUCCCAUCCACCUGCAGCACUUGACUUUUGGGGAUUGCUUCAACCAGAGCUUAGAGUUUGUAGACUUGCCAAAGGGCCUCCAGAAUCUGACUUUCGGAGCCAACUACAACCAAAGCUUGGAAGGAGCAACUCUGCCAAGCCACCUCUUGAGUUUGACCCUUGGACGUAAUUUCGUGCAGACCUUUGACCGUGUGGCUUUGCCUGAGGGCCUGCAACAUCUGACCUUUGGCAAAGGCUUUAAUCGAAGUUUGGUUCAGGUAAUUUUGCCAGCCGGUCUCCAGGCCGUGACAUUAGGGGAUGAUUUCAACCAUAGCUUGAGAGGAGUGGCCUUCCCAACCAGCCUUCAGAGUCUUGCUCUUGGGAGAGGCUUUGACCAGAGUUUGAAAGGCUUGACCUUGCCAAGCAACCUCCAGAGUUUCCGGCUGGGGAGCGGCUUCAGGCAAAGCCUGGAAGACAUAGGCUGGCCAACCAGGUUGAGGAGCCUCACGAUUGGCAGUGAAUUUGCAAUGGAUCUGAAUUUAGUUGUUUUGCCCGACCUUCAAAGCCUCACCUUCGGUGAUGAUUUUGACCAGAGCUUGACCGGAGUGACCUUGCCCAGCAGCCUCCAGAGCCUGACCUUUGGACAAUCUUUCAACCAAAGCCUGGAAGGAGUGGCUCUACCAAGUGGGUUGCAACAGUUGACUCUUGGCAAUUGCUUCAAUCAAAGUCUCGAAAGGGUGGCUUUACCGGAUGGCCUGCAAGAUCUAAACUUUGGGUGGCUUUUCAAUCAGAGUUUGCUUGGAGUGACACUUCCGAGCAAGAUUCAGCGCCUGGCAUUUGGCGAAAGAUUCAACCAAAGCUUGGAUGCAGUGACGUUGCCAAGCAACCUUCAGAGCCUGAUAUUUGGGAGAGAUUUCAACUGGAGCUUGGAAGGAGUUACCUUACCAAGUAGCCUUCAGAGCCUUACCUUUGGAGAAAGGUUUGAUCAGAGUUUGCAAGGAGUGAACCUGCCUAGUGGCCUCGAGAUUAUCACCUUUGGCGAUGAUUUUGAUCAGGAUCUCAAAGGAGUGACUUUACCAACUAGCCUCCUGAACAUUGCGUUCGGCAAUGACUUUGAUCAGAGUUUGGAAGGAGUUAUUUUUCCGAAUAGCCUCCAAUGUCUAAGCUUCGGUCUGAAUUUCACUCAAAGCUUGGAUCAUGUGACUUUGCCCACAAGUUUGCGAAGGUUGGUUUGCUCUGAGCUUCUCGUGAGUUCAGGGCCAAUGUGAUGCUUUGGACUCGUGAGUGAGCGUGCAUUGGCAA